AUUGUCUUCAUUUACAAUUCUACAAAGAUUCAAAAGAAAGAUACAAGAACGGACCAACAAAAGCUUCUUUGUCUCUCGAGCAUUUCUUAGGCAUUGAAUCAGGAUUUACUUUGGAUAAAGAGUCAAAUACAAUAGCAAUUCUGUGCCAAGAUGUGAUUGUAAAUUUGGCAUUCGACACUCGAGAAAUUCUCAUGCAAUGGCAAGUGAAAAUCUCGAGUAAUCUCGGUGACGACAUUCAAUAUUUAGUGCUGGUAGCAUCAGCAGCCACAAAAGUUAAAAUUCCAGCCGGACCAGCUCGAUUACACAUUCAAAACCACAGAUUUUGCAUAACGACUGGCAUUCCACCGAGAUUGUCGGGAAUGUGGAACAUCGCCCACUUGAGACGAUAUGGCGUUGUGGAGAAUCGUUUUUGUUUCGAAGGCGGGUCAUCGAGUGGUAAAUGUGAAGGAUUUGUGGUUUUGAUAACCGAUUACGGUGAUGAAAUAUCGAAUUGCUUCAAAAUGGCAUCACUUGGACGUUUGAACAGCAACAGCCGCUUCAACAAGCCACUCGAUAGUCCACGAAAGAUGAAAGAUACACAAAGUUUACGAGGGGAAAUCAAUCUGAAAUGUGAUUGCAGUAAUGCAUCGUCGUUCUGGCCAUCACAGGAAUCACGAGGCAUCGACAGUUUCAUUGGAUGUGAUUCUUCAUCAUUCAUUGACGAAAUGGACACGAACGACGAAUUGAAUCAUUUUUCGAGAAAACGUCUUAUGACAAUGGAACGUUGUAUGAGUUGCAGUUCGAAGCGAAGUUUAAUUCCGACAAUGUCACGUAGUUCAACAAUAACCGACAACACACAAAAUCUUUGCUUCGGGUCAUCAUCAUACAAAAACUCAUCUAUUGAUGCUCAUCAACGAAUUCAUUUGGCCUCGAGCAAGCAAUCAGCAAUGGACAGAAUCUCAAUGCGAUCACAGGAAAGUUGUGGAAACAUUUCCGAAUUUUCAAUUUCACGUCCUUAUUCGCAUCAUCAUUCCCAUGAGACGUCAUCUCAUCGUUCAUUCUCCGUUCCUCGCUCACACGAGCAGUCGAGAAAUUUCGUGGGCUCGUACGAAAAUUACGACUCACCCAAAAUUCUCUCCCCAACGAAUGAAAAUCAAAUGGAAAACUACGAUAAACCGAGAAGCGUUAAAAUGUACCUGGAGCAAAAUGUAGGCGGAAAAUUAACGAUGUUUAAUGGCGACUACGGUAAUUACGAUACUCCAAAUAUUCCAAAGAAUGUCGUUUGCGGUUGCAUGGCCAACAAUACAAUUCAAAGUCGGAUUUUGAACGAUGAUGUCAAAACAGAUUGUACAUGUCAUCGUGUGAUGUCGUGGGCUGAUAAUUGGAUACCAUGUCGUCGUGGUAAUGGAAUUGAGAAUACGGGAGUUCCGGUAAGUCGUUUGCAUCUUACGCAAUCAUCGUGUCAGAAUAAAAGUAUUGUCAUUGCACAAGAUCCCAUGAAAUGCAAGCUUAGCGACUUUUCUACGAGCGAGACUGACAAAAGUAGUCUUUACGCUCUUGUCGAUCCAUCGAAGAAACAAAUGAAAAGACUGAUUGAUGAACAAUCAAAGCCAAUUCAUAUUCCCCGCACGUCUUCACAAACUCCCAACGCUAAUUAUGCAAAUCUCGAAUUUGAGAAGUCGCUGGAAAUCUACGAGAAUGCGAAAGAAGUUUUAAAGCGAGAAAAUAUUCUGUGCAAACAAUCAUCGAGGGAGGAAACAAACAAGGAAAAUUGUGUUUUGAUACCAUCAGGGGAGAAAACGAAUGAGAAUUAUUUGGUGAUGGAGAUUCAGGAGAAGUCAAAGACAUUUCCUGGAUACAUUUCAAUGCAUCCUGUCAACUCACAGAGUAAGAUAAAUGAAGUGAAAACACUUCCAUCGACACACAAAACAAAGAAGCUUUUGCUUCGGCUCGAAGAGAAAAGUUACAGUAACCCAGAUCUGAACCGUCCAUGUUUGGAUUUCCAACGCGCUAGUCUAACUAUUAAAAGUGUCGGUGAUCGAAGCAACUUAGUUUGUAAGAAAUCUUUGUCGGUAGAUUCGUUUAGAUGCAUUGAAAGUGAACAAACUUCGUCGACAGUUGUUGAAGACGAAGCACCUUCAAUCGCUUCCAACGACACAUAUCAAGAUGUAAAAGUUGUCGAUGUCCAUUCUAGUCAUUCCAAUAAUAACUCACCACGUAAGCAACCACCAGUCAAACCACAUGAACAUAUUAAAGUUGUGAAUGUUCGUCAUGGUGAAAGUCCCACAAAACUUCCAAAUCGAGACUCGUCAAGCUCUAAUGAUUCAGGAGUUUCGACAGCAUCUGCUGUGCCAAAAGAAUACAAUGAAUUUGAGUUACCUUUGAUCAAUCAAAUAAAAAAGAGAAGACAACUUAGUCAAAAUCAAAACAAAGCUUGUGUUCAUGCAUCACUGAUUAGGAGAUCAAAAUCUUUUGAUCCCUUCGGCGAUCUUUCAUUUCAAUUUACACAAAACAGGAGAAAUGCCAAUGGAAGUAUUUCAAUACAAAAUAAAUCAGGAAAAUGUCCGAGCUUAGGUGCUAUUAUGACAGCGGGUCAUAUUGACUCUAACAGUACAAGUAGUGGAACGUCUGACAUGUCGGAUUACAUUGAAACACUUUCACUUUCUAGUCAUAGUUCAUCAGAUAUUGAAGCGUUGAGGAACAAACACACAGUCAAUACAAUGCGCCCACGUUCGGGUAAAGAAUAUCAAAACAUCGACCGGGCAGCCAUUGCUUUGAGUCAAAAUGUAGUUCAACAUUGCAAAUCUGUGUCACCAGUGUCAUCGAUCUCAUCAACCAACAUUAAUUAUGUUAAUAUUACUCCAGUUCCCGAAAGUUCUGAAUCACCAAGUCCGGGUUACCAAAGUUCUUCAUCAUUUCAAGAAGAAUUUCCUUUGAUAAAAGAUUCUUAAGGAUAAGAAGAAUUGCCAAUUUCAUCACAAUAUUUGAUAGAAUUUUUAAUAUUUAUCGGACCUUCUGGAUCGAAAUUUCAUCUUUUAUAUACCUACACAAUUUUAAUCUUCAUAAAAUGAUCAGUAAUCAUAGAGAAAACGUUACUCAUUGUACAUAAAACUUCUUAAAAUAAAUUGUGCAAUUAUUAUUUGCUAAACAUUAUUUAAAACUACUACAAAUAUGAUAAUCAAAAGCAUAUUUAAGUUAUGGAAUAAAAGUUUUUUCUCUUUCGUAGCAUUCUAAAUAAAAGCAUUGAACAAAGCAAUAGAAAUUAGCUUUUUACAUUAAUUUAUGCUAGGUAGGGAAAUACUCAUAAAUGACGUUAUUGCUUCAUUUUCUUUUUUCUAUUAAAAAGAAUUGAAAUUAAAACGACGUUAGUGAUUAUUUCCACACUAAUAUUUGCUUCCAUUUAAUAACAAUUUUGUACAAAUGAAAAACACUAAUCAAGAUUUUACUUAAUGAAAAACUCUGUUGAAUCUCUCAAGAAAUCAAAAGAAAAGAAUAUUUUAAUCUUUAAAUAAUUGUGAACUAUCAACGAUGUCUUAUUUUCAGAUGAAAGAAAAUAUUUUCCACUUUUUGUGAUUUUAGCUUUUAACACUCGAAUUUGAUGAAUUUCAUGUUUGUUUAGG